GGAAGGAGGCUAGCAUGCCCUGGCCGACACCAAGGAAGAAGCCCACACCGAGGCCAGCUCCCUUUCCAAGCUCUCAAGAGUUUGCAGAGGGACGAUGCCCUCCCUGCCCCCUCCCCCAGGAGGCCUAGGGUGGUACCGUCGCAGCCUUGCCUCACCUCACCACCCCCCCUUAGUGCUGUGGGAGGGAGAGGAGCCCCAGAAGCCCUCCCUUCCCUCCUCCCCCCCUCUUCCCCCCCACCCGGGGAGGGCUGCUACAAUUUGUGGUUACAGCUUUACACGUCAGAAAAAAAAAAAGUUUGCAGAAUGUCCCACACCGAAAAAAAAAAUGCGAAACCGAGAGAAAAAAACCUGCGAGUGGGCCUGGCGGAUGGGAUUAUUAAAGCUUCGCCGGAGCCGCGGCUCGCCCUCCCACUCCGCCAGCCUCUGGGAGAGGAGCCGCGCCCGGCCGGCCCGGCCCCCAGCCCCAUGGACCUCCGAGCAGGGGACUCGUGGGGGAUGUUAGCUUGCCUAUGCACGGUGCUGUGGCACCUCCCUGCAGUGCCAGCUCUUAAUCGCACAGGAGAUCCAGGCCCUGGCCCCUCCAUCCAGAAAACUUAUGACCUCACCCGCUACCUGGAGCAUCAACUCCGAAGCUUAGCUGGGACCUACCUGAACUACCUGGGGCCCCCUUUCAACGAGCCUGACUUCAAUCCUCCUCGGCUGGGGGCAGAAACUCUGCCUAGGGCCACGGUCAACUUGGAAGUGUGGCGAAGCCUCAAUGACAGGCUGCGGCUGACCCAGAACUAUGAGGCCUACAGUCACCUCCUGUGUUAUUUGCGUGGCCUCAACCGUCAAGCUGCCACAGCUGAACUACGACACAGUCUGGCCCAUUUCUGUACCAGUCUCCAGGGCCUGCUGGGCAGCAUUGCAGGUGUCAUGGCAACUCUUGGCUACCCAUUGCCCCAGCCUCUGCCAGGGACUGAGCCAGCCUGGGCCCCUGGCCCUGCCCACAGUGACUUCCUCCAGAAGAUGGAUGACUUCUGGCUGCUGAAGGAGCUGCAGACCUGGCUAUGGCGGUCAGCCAAGGACUUCAACCGGCUUAAGAAGAAGAUGCAGCCUCCAGCAGCUUCCGUCACCCUGCAUUUGGAGGCCCGUGGUUUCUGAUCUCUGACCCUUAACUCCUGCAGCUCCAGCCCCAGUCAGCUGUGCUUCCAUCGUGGAGUGAAAAAUCCUGUAUACCAACAUUUGUUGAGCCAGGAGACAGACCAUGGGAGCUCUGCUCUCCUCAGCCUUGGAUGGGGAGUGUAAUUUAAUAAGCCCUCCAGCUCCUAGGGUCUGGGGAAAAGGUCCAGUAGGCACCAAGAGGUAAUGCCUGAGGGAGUCAAAUGGCUCAGUGGGUAUAAAGGCUCUCCCUGCCUCCUGCUUUCUGCUUGCCACUUGCCAGUAUCCACUCAGUUCCUCAUGUGGCACUUGCAGAAACACACCUGGAGGGCAUGGGUGGGGGUCACUGUAGCAUGUGCCUUUCUGAGAUAAGGCCCCUUGGUUUCCUUCCCUCUCCUUGGAUGGGUUUUGCUCUCCUACCCCAAUAACUACAUAUCCAGUUCAGGAAACAAAUCGACCAGUCUAAAGAAGAGUGUGAUAGUAAGUGGAGGGGUAGGGUCUAUGCUGGAGGUGGCCUAGAAACCAGAAGAUGUAAUUCUAAAAGAGAAGGGCAGGGACAGACCAGACCUAGAAGUCACCAGGACAAUUGGUGACCCAGGGCGGAAAACAAAAGCCAUGUUGAACAUUAA